UGUCACUAAGGAAAUUUUACGUAUAAACGCCAGAGAAAUCGAUCGUAACAUAUCAACCUCAGGUUCUUGGCAUGCACAGUAUAAGGAUUCGUCAUUUAUAUUUAUUGGAAAUAUUCCAUUCGAUUUAACCGAAGGCGAUAUAAUAUGUGUAUUCUCGCAGUACGGGGAAGUGAUUCAUCUUGAUCUUGUACGUGAUAAAAAUACGGGUGAAUCUAAAGGUUUCGCAUUUCUAAAGUAUGAAGAUCAACGGAGUACUAUAUUGGCUGUUGAUAAUUUGAACGGGAUUCAGGCAAGCUUUUUACUUGGAAGAACCAUUCGAGUUGAUCAUGCAAGUGCCGAAGAUAAAGAAGGAAAAAAGAGAACUGGGAUGAACGCCGCACCACAAUUCCUAAAAG